AGUUUGGAAACGUUUAAAGUUUUUGCAUCAUUUCCAAAAACAAAACAAAAAUGAGUCCAAUAAAACUAUUUAAAAUAAUCGUCGAGAUUUUAUCGAUUAUAGCUCUAGCAAAUGGAAACUUAGUUACGUUAGAUGGAGAAUGUCCAUUUGCUCGACUUAAACCUCCACAAAAUGCUGUUAUUCCAAUUCUUAAAGGAAAAUUUAAUGUAAUUGCUGAAACAUCCGAUGGCCCUUUAAAUCGAACAGAUGUACAAAUGCUGUUGAAACAAUCAUCAAAAGAUUCAAUUGUAAUGACACAAAGAUUUCUAUUUCCCGAAAAUGAUCAAUGCUAUGAUAUUAAAAUUCAGAGCAAAGCUUUAGAACGGAAUGGAGUCUAUGAUGUCAAGUAUCAGGUUGCACCUGAUACGUCUCCUGUAGGAUUCACAGGUUAUUAUAUAGCUCUUGAACCACGUACUUUGUUUGGUAUUGGUUUAUUAUGUCAUAAUUUACCAAAUUCCAAAUAUGAUGUCGACAUUGCAGUCUUAUCAGGACUUACAGACAAAUAUGAUCAAGCUAUGCAAGAGAGAGUUCAAAAAAUAUUUAAAGAACAAAAUAUUCCGCAAUUAUAUCAAUAUAUGGUUCCCGUUCCUCAGAAUCAUAAAUGUGACUUCUCUAUGGAAGAAAUAGUCGAUUCUUUCAGACCUUCACCAGAUGCUUUACCAGAUUCAACAGAUUCUACAGUCCCAGACCUUCCUAUUUAUUUAUAAGAACUUCCAAUAAAAAUUAAA